AUGCUCGUUUUGGUGUUUGCAUUGGUCGGUGCCGUCGUCGGCGUUCCGACGACGAACUACACGGUGACGAAGUACACGUUCACACGUGAGAACGACACCGACGUCAUCGAGCCGGAAGCGCCGCCGUUUCAGCUGAUACCGCUCGAUUUUCUCUGCGAAUUCUGUCAGGUCGUCAUUUUGAAGCUCAAAGAUCGCCAACUCAACGAGCCCGACUUCGAGGAGAAAAUCAAGCAGGAAUGCUUCAACAGCACCGAUAGCACGUCGUCGAUUUGCGACGUCAUCAAUCGGGUGAAUUUGGGAAAAUUGCGAAACGACGAGCCGCGAGCAAUUUGCGCCGAGCAGAAGAUGUGCAUCGGAAGCGUUGUCGAAAAGCAAACCGCAAUGCCCUCCGCCUCACCAUCGCCAACUACCGUCGUCGGAGAAAAGCGCGUCGAGACCAAUAUCCAUGUGCUUGAUCCGGACCCAACCUCAAUCUACUAG